CCGUGGCAGCGCGCUCAUCGUUUCAAUCCCACCCAGAAGCAUCGAAAAUCCAAAGCUAGCGAAGGAACAGAGCAGGAGGAGAGAGCAAGGGAGCUGGCCAGCUGGCACAUAGAAAGCGGAACAAGCCACCGAUUGAUUUUUCGCGAGAAAAGCGAGGAAAACAAGCGACACCAAUCCGCAGCAGCGUUUCCAUAUGGAAAUGAAAAUGGCGGAGGCCCUGGAGACCAAGGACGACUCCUGCUCGCCAGUCGAAGGCCAGCUGCCAGCUGCUGUCGAGGAUGAGGAGGUGGAACAGCAGGAGCAGGAGCUGCUCAGCGAGCGAUGGUCUCCGCUGGGAGCCAACUACGAUGAUGCGAAUAGCGCCAGUUCGGGCGUCGAUUGCGAACUGGAACCGGGACUGCUGGACAAAUCGGAGACGCGACGCGAAAGCAACGGGAGCUCCCUUGAACUGGCUCGCUUGCGCAGCAUCGAGGAGGAGCAGGAGCUGCUCACCAGCUCCCUGCUGGCAUUGACCUCUCACUUUGCCCACGUCCAGCUGAGGGUACGCCAAAUUGUGGAGGCGCCCGCCGAGGAGCGGGAUCAACUGCUGCGCGAUCUCGAAGACUUUGCCUUUCAGGGCAUUCCGGAGGCAGUGCAGUCCAAGGAGGAGGAGGACGCGGAGGAGGAGUCAGAGUCCCCAAAGCCCAAAGAGGAUACUCCGGAUAACCAGCUCAUCAUCGAACAACUAAAGUCUCAGCUCACCGAGCUGGAACAAAUAGCCUACGAGGCCGGCGAACCGGGCAUUCUGCCGCAGCACGUGAUGCUCGAGAAGCAAAAGUUCAUCCUGGACGAGCUGCGCUCGAAGCUCAAUCUCCAGGUGGAGCAGCACGAGCUGCCGGCCCUCAGCACGGAGCAGUUGCGCCACCAGGUGGACAAUGCGAUUGGCGAGUUCGUGGGCCCGCUGAAGAUGAAGGAGCAACUGGUCGCCCAGCUGAAGACGCAGAUCACCGAUCUGGAGCGCUUCAUUGCCUUCCUGCAGUGCGAUGCAGCCGAGGGAGGAUCUGGGGGAUCCGUGGGCGAUCGAUUGAAGCUUCUAUCGGGAGCCUACAAUAGCUAUGCGGCCAAGCAGACGGCACGGAGUUCACAGGCCGCCGCCGCAGGAGGAGGAGGAGGUUCAAUUGCUCCAGCCAAAGGAGGAGUGACUGCACCUCCCACUCCUCCGUCCUCAGAAUUGGGCUCACAUUCCCAUCCAAGAACCGGGGAGAGCCUGCACAGCAAGGCCCAUGGACUGCUGGACAAAGCAUCGAUCCUCAUGCAAAUGUUCGCCAGCACGCAUCUGGCGAAGCCAAGGAGCCACGACGAAUUCCAGCAGAAUUCGCUGAAGAAGACGCACAAGGGCAACCACUGGGGGGACCUGCGCGCCCAGUUGGAGGUGGACAUCCAGGAGGUGGCUGCCCUGGCCGCCACUUUGAGCUGCGACCGCGAGAAGUUGGCCAAUAUCAAGCGGGCUUUGCGCCAGCAGCAGCAGCAGCAGGCGGAGUCCACCUCCUCGUCCUCUUCGGCUGGUCAUCCGGUUAUCACCUCGCAAAGUGGAGCACUGACCACCUUGCCACCGCGUUGCCGGCGAGCAGUGCCAACUGGCCACGAACUGGCUCCUUAUGCGGCCGGCGGAGCCAUAUCCUCCGACUCCGACGAGGACAUUAGCUACUCCAACUUCGAGUGGGAGAAGGAGGGCGGCAAGAGCCGUCGAUCGGCGCACAUGCGUGGCGAUUCCAUAGCCACAAUUAACCGCGAACUGACGACAGUGGUGCGCAAGAACUUUGCCCGCACGCUGCAGCAGCUAAUCCAGCAUGGUCUGCGCAUACCAGCGGAAUCGGCGGCCUCCAGUUUGAUGGUUCCCUUUAUGCGCUGCCUGCAUCCAGCAUCUCCGAUGGUUCCGCCGCCUCCAGCGGCAGAUUCGCCGCAAUUCCUCGCUGGUUUGGGCAGAGCCAUGCAUGCCUGGGAAUUGGUACUGGCCUAUUAUCGCCUGAAGCACGGCGAGGAGUACAACAACACGCCGGCACGCAAGUUGUCGCAGAGCUUCCAGCUGGACAUUGUCGACGCCCAGGCGGUGACCGCCAAGCAGAGUCUGCUCAGCGCCGUGGGCAUGAUCCUGGCCAUGCAUCGCCCCUACAAGCGGAGCAACAACGCCCACUUCAAGGCCUUCGUCUGCGCCGGACUCAACUCCCAUUUGCUGGUGGAGUGGCUCAACCUGAUCCUGAGCAGCCACGAGCUGGUGGACACGUACUACUCGGCCAGCAGCUAUGUGGCCCGCACGGGAUUCCGGGACUCGCUGCGCUCCAUCGACGCGCUGUCGCGCUUUGACUUCGAUCUGCCGGUGGACCUGGCCAUCCGGCACUUCCGCAACCUCUAAGUUCGUUCCGGACUUGUAUGUACAUUCCUUGGCUUAGACUAGAUCACACAGAUCACAGAUCCAGCGGAGUAAAUCGUAUUCUCUCUCUCUCUCACUUAAAUGUAUGAUGUAUAAACUCGUGUAUAUAACUUUAGAUAUGUCCCAUUAAAUCAAUUGCUAAUCC